UGAAAAUCAAUAAGAUGAUGAUAUGCCGACAAAAUGUUCAACUAGAAAUGUGUUAAUAAUAUUUUAUUUUCAUUUCUUAAUUUCACGUGUGUCUAGUACAAUUUCUCCGUCAAAUUCCACGAACGAGAAUUAUGUCGCAUUGAUUCUCGCCAGAGGAGGAAGUAAAAGUAUUCCUCAUAAAAAUUUAGCGAAUUUGGAAAAUAAAUCCUUAUUAAGGAGGACUAUAGAAGUAGCAUUACAUUCUCGAGUAUUUAAUUCAGUAUGGGUCUCCACUGACUAUCUUAGUAUUUACCAGGAAGCGAAAAGUGCCGGAGCCAAUGUAUUCGGCAGAAGCUCAGAAACUGCAUCUGACACAUCUUCCUCUCUCGAAGCAGUCAAAGAAUUUAUUGAUUUUUUCCCAAAUAUCACCGUUUUGGCCUUACUGCAAUGCACUUCACCAUUCCAGUCAGUAUUUUCUUUACGGAAAGCGUACCACAUGAUGAAAACAUCCAGAUAUGACUCAAUAUUCUCGGUAACCCCAACUUAUAAAUUGAGAUGGAAACGUUCGUCGACUGGUGAUAAUUGGGAAGCAGUAAAUUUCGAUGUAAGGCGUCGUCCUCGUAGGCAAGAUAUGCAAGAAGAAUUCAUUGAAAAUGGAAUGUUCUAUUGGGUCCGGACCAGCUUACUCCGUGUGAAUUUAAUUCAAGGUGGCAGAAUUGGUACGGUUAUUAUCCCCGCGAAGAGAAGUUUAGAAAUAGAUUACCCAGAAGAUCUUAUUUAUGGCAAUAUUUUAGCAGCAGAAAUACUUCUAUCGAUAGAAAACGAGAAAUACCAAUGCUCAGCAGAAGAUCUGAACCUUUAAGGCAAACCACUGGUGUAAUUUCAUAAUCAAUCGCCAAAAUUUCAUCACAAUGAGUAGUUCUAGUACUUCUGGGACCAAAAUACAUACGUGGAUUUUUGAAACAUAAUUCAAAGUGUGUCAACUUAAUGACUGCUUACAGCAAAUUAUACUUCACUAUUCUCCCCAAGUGAGCAUAGGUAGAGAGGUACAUACGUACAUAAACGUACAAUGUAUUCUGCAUACAUAAUACGAACAAUAAUAAACCUAUUACAAUUCCUCCUCGAGAAAUUUUUUCAACUCAAAACACAAUCACUGUCAUUGAUAUAUUUAAUAUAAACGAAGGAAUGCAGCGAACUGAAAAAUAAUAUGCAUGCAAAAUAAAUUCUAAGUCAAUAUACAUAUUACAAAAAAAAAAAAAAAAAUACAAAAAAUUCAUUACAGUCUUCGAAUACCUAAGCAAAAAAAAAUACACGAGAUUUAACAUAAAAA